CACACACACACACACACACACACACACACGAGUAGUAUAUAAUUAACGCCCUAGGAAAAUGUCACUUCAUUCGCUUGCAGCGUGCUCACCAACAUCUGCGGAAUGAGGUUCUUGGUCGCCUUCGUUGGCCUGUUGUGUGUGGCGAGAGCAGCAUUAUCCUUCCAUCUUCCUGCUGCCCAAUCCCCACUCUCCCUUGGCCUUCUUGCUGGGGAUGUGGCUGUUGACCGGGGGAUCUCUCCACGCCUUAUGGCCACUGAUGAUGAUGGUGAUUCACGUAUGAUGAGGGACGCCUCUGCUUCUGAUUCAGCUUCAUCUUCUGAAGAGUCUGAUGAUUCUAGUAAUUCUUCUUCACGCAUGAUGAGGGACGACUCUACUUCUGAUUCUUCUACUGAUUCACGAAUGAUGAGGGACGCCUCUGCUUCUGAUUCUGCUUCAUCUUCUAAUGAGUCUGAUGAUUCUAGUAAUUCUUCUUCACGAAUGAUGAGGGACGACUCUGCUUCUGAUUCUGCUUCAUCUUCUAAUGAGUCUGAUGAUUCUAGUAAUUCUUCUUCACGAAUGAUGAGGGACGACUCUGCUUCUGAUUCUGCUUCAUCUUCUAAUGAGUCUGAUGAUUCUAGUAAUUCUUCUUCACGAAUGAUGAGGGACGACUCUGCUUCUGAUUCUGCUUCAUCUUCUAAUGAGUCUGAUGAUUCUAGUAAUUCUUCUUCACGAAUGAUGAGGGACGACUCUGCUUCUGAUUCUGCUUCAUCUUCUAAUGAGUCUGAUGAUUCUAGUAAUUCUUCUUCACGAAUGAUGAGGGACGACUCUGCUUCUGAUUCUGCUUCAUCUUCUAAUGAGUCUGAUGAUUCUAGUAAUUCUUCUUCACGAAUGAUGAGGGACGACUCUGCUUCUGAUUCUGCUUCAUCUUCUAAUGAGUCUGAUGAUUCUAGUAAUUCUUCUUCACGAAUGAUGAGGGACGACUCUGCUUCUGAUUCUGCUUCAUCUUCUAAUGAGUCUGAUGAUUCUAGUAAUUCUUCUUCACGAAUGAUGAGGGACGACUCUGCUUCUGAUUCUGCUUCAUCUUCUAAUGAGUCUGAUGAUUCUAGUAAUUCUUCUUCACGAAUGAUGAGGGACGACUCUGCUUCUGAUUCUGCUUCAUCUUCUAAUGAGUCUGAUGAUUCUAGUAAUUCUUCUUCACGAAUGAUGAGGGACGACUCUGCUUCUGAUUCUGCUUCAUCUUCUAAUGAGUCUGAUGAUUCUAGUAAUUCUUCUUCACGAAUGAUGAGGGACGCCUCUGCUUCUGAUUCUGCUUCAUCUUCUAAUGAGUCUGAUGAUUCUAGUAAUUCUGGUUCUUAUUCACGUAUGAUGAGGGAUGACUCUGAUUCUGAUUCUGGUUCUAGUGUUUCUAAUGAUUCACGCAUGAUGAGGGACGCCUCUGAUUCUGAUUCUGAUGAUUCAACUUCUGAUGAUUCUAGUAACUGAUGAUGGUUAUGAUGACUCAUGCAUGACGAGAGCCGACCCAGAUUCAAAUGUGGACAAUGAUUCUGAGGAAGAUGAUUUUAAAUCUAAUGAGUCUGAACCUGAAGAUGAUGAUAAGUGAGGAGAAUAAGUAAGAGGGAGAGUGAUAUUUCUAAUUCAAGAGAACCAGUGAUCCCUGUAACCGAGGAGAACCAUUGAUACCUUUAAACAGAACCAAUAAUCUCUAUGACUCAAGAGAAGAAAAAUAUCCCUCCGAUUCAAGAAAACUAAGGAUGCGUCCAGUAGAGAAUUAAUGAUCCCUGUGAUUCAGAAGAACCAAAGUUGCCUCCAAAUCAAGAGAAACAGUUACAGCGACAUUGAGACUGACAGCGAGCACUGAUACCUACGAUACCACUGAUGCCUUCUCAUUUGCAAUCAUACAUGUAAACAUGAAAAGUAAAUAAAGUAUUUAUUGGCUAAUGUUUUCUUUGUGUCGGUUAAGACUGAAGAGUGAGAUGGUCAGUCAGUGAUAAAGUUCACUAACAUGAAGGGCGCUGAUAUAUAAUGAUUCUUUAAGAAAUAAUAUGAUUGUGCAAGACGAGAAGGCAAGUUGGUAAUUUACUAGGAUGACCCAAAAUUCAAGACACAGGAAAUAAAAAAAUAUAUAUGUU